AUGAAAUCGUAUCCAAUCGUAAAGUCUUCGAGAAAUCUUGCUCUAUCUCCAAUAGAUAAAGAUGAUGCAGAAAAGCAGAUUACCGUCUCUUCCAUCAAUAAUCGAAAAGAAUACCAAUUUGAAGCUGCUACACAAAAUACGUUGAAUUCUGAUUCACAAUCACCAUAUAAAUCAAAACGAACGUUCCAUUCUUAUAACAACGAGGAUGCUUAUUCACUGGUAAGUUCAGUGCAAGAGCAACACAAACAUCGAAAGUAUAAUUCAAGCGAAGAACUCCAAACUUUUAAACUGAAAUACAACCUUGACCCAUCCGACCAGUUAGAAAUAAUAGAGAACGAUACACAGUUAGUUCAGGACCAGAAAAAUUCUGGCGCAGGCGAGAGUACUAUUUCAGCGGACUCGUUUGAAGUCUUUUUUGAUUCAGAUUCGACUAGAAAUGAAAUGGUCGUUAAUAAUCUAGUUAUAAGCUCGGACUAUUUCUUGAAUAGAGCACAUGAAACUGUACUUGAUACAAACUCAAUUAAUGGAUCAAAGACAUAUUUCAAAAUGAUAAAAAUUUCCAUAAAGUCUUUGUUGUUAUUAAUCAGAAAGUACAGUAAAUGUCUAAACCCUUAUUUGGAGCUGAUAAUAUAUUUCAAAUUAGCUAGAAUUUAUUUCAUUGAAACGGAAAAUAUAAAUCGAGCAGACGAUUAUGUUAAUAAGGCCAUUUCGAUUGCAACUCGAAAUAAUCUAAUCAAAGUUAAAUUCAUAUGUGAAUUUUUGGCUGCACAAAUACUAGAAAAAUCAAAUCCCAGAUUAUCCUUAAACUAUAUAAAUGAAAGAAUUACAAGUUUAAAAAUGAUUGGUCUCCAUAGUCUUGGGAGUCUUUUUGCCUUGCUUAAAAUAGAUAAUUUGUUAUCCCAAGAUCCAAAUACAGGCUUGAUUGUAUUACAAUCAUUAUGUCAGGAUCAUCAAAUCGACAAUACUACGAGAGCAUUGUGUUUUAUAUACCAAAGCAAUUUGCAUCUUUAUAGAGGAUCGCCAAAUCAUUCAUUAGAGCUAUUGAAUCAUGCCGAAACAUUGAUGCAUGGGCAUGAGAAAAAUUAUCCUAUUCAACUCCAAGCGAUUUUAUUCUUACUGAAAUAUUCCGUAUACAUUCACACUGAUGAUAAUGCCGGAAGUAGAGAUGUAAUGCAAUUUAUUAGCAAUUUUAUCUUAACAGAGCAACUGAAGCACUGGAACUCUUGGAAAGAAGAUGGCACAUUCAAAAUAAAUAUUACUAUUCCUUCAAGCAAUGACCUUAACAAUGAAUUGUCUUAUCGAGUAACAUGGUUAAAUUCUGAUGAAUUCGUCAUAAUGUUUUAUUUCCUAACGGGUGUCCACUUUUUGCCUGAAAUAUACAAUAAGAAGUAUAAAUCUAAGAAAGUUUUUCAAAAAUGCUUACAAAUACUAGAUAAUCAGUUGCAUGAGCUAAGGGGAAUGGGGAAUAGUGAAAGACGCUUCCCACUAAAUCAAUUGACGAAGAAAAUAAUAAGGUUAAGCUUCAUACGGUAUUACAUUAAUUAUUAUCAAGUUUGGAUGAAUUUUUUGGAUAAAAAUUUCACUAAUAUUGAUCCGUUGAAUGAAUUUCUUGAAAAUUAUAACAACAGUAAAUUCAGUGAUGAAGAAUUAUGUUACUACAAGUUGUUGAUUCCAAAAAUUUUCUAUUUAUUUGGAAUUUUUUUCCAAUAUAAGGGAGAUCUAAAGGCAGCAAAAUAUUAUUACAUGAGAGUACGCAAUUUCACACUGUAUGAGCGAGAGUCAAGUAACACGAUAGAAUAUGCUUCCAUUCUACAAUCUUCCUUAGGGGUUGGUGGUGAAACCUUCCAAUCAAAAGGUCAAUUUAGCGAGCUAUAUAUUUACUCAACAUUGCAUCUUGUGAUGCUUACAGAAUUUGAAGUGUAUCAAAUUACUAAGUUGUCACAUACAAAUAUCAUUAAUAAUAGAGAUGAUAUGUACAGAUUUCGUUCUCUUUUGUAUCUGGAUUUGACCAAGAUAUUCGCUCAAAAAGAUAAAAAGACCUCAAAUAGCUUCAAUAUGAAUCUAGCAGGUUCAAGUCAAACCCUUAUUAUCACUUAUAAUUUACUCCUUAGUAUUUACGAUAAUAAUUAUUCAGAGAGUGGUAAAAUUAAAUCUUCAGAAUAUCCACAAAUCUUAUAUGAAGCAAUGAAAGGUUCUAACUCAUUGCAUUCAUUCCCAUAUUUGAUUUCAUUAAUUCAUUAUGUUACCUAUUUAUUGUCAACAAGUUUAGCUGAUAAAGGGCUGGCGUUAAAAAUGUGUUUAUCGCUAGUAUCAAUGGAAAACUGUUCUGACAAUGAGAGGGUUGUCAAUUUUUUUAUAUUGAAAGAUUACUGUUUGCAACUACAUGAGGAAGGUGACCAUGAUAAAGGUUCAUUUAUAGAAACCCAAUUGCGGUAUUUGCAUGAUUUACUUGAUAGUAAAUUUCGAUUGAUAAAUUUAAAUAAAGAUAAUUCUAAUCAUUUAGCAUAA